AUGGCCCCACAUGCCAAGGUCACUCUCACUUCGCCAGUCUCUCUCUCUCUCUCCUCAUCGCUAGCCAUAGCUCGGUGUCCGGCUCUCAAGCCGCUUUCUUCCGACUCAGCCGCCGAGUCGCCACGUGCCGACUCGUCCGCCCAAGUCCUUGCGUUGACCACCGAUGGAGACUGCUGCGAUGAUUGGGAUUGGAGCUCGAGGCUUGUAGUAAUGGAAAUAGGAGCGCCAUCAAGGUUGCGAAGCGGAGCCGGCUCAAUUGUGCGAGCCAAGAAAGUGAGCUGUUUUGAGGAACACGUGAUGGCUUGGAUUCGGAAGACGAUGGAGUUAGAAGCCUCGCCGUCAAAAUAUUACCCUCCGUUUCUCAACGGGGCGAAGAAAAUGGUUGAAUGUCUUGUUUGCUGUAAGACUAUCUACCCAGGGAAGGAGGUGUUCUACACAGUUCGUGGUUGCCAAGGAGUUUAUCACUUAAUAUGUGCAAAGGAAAGACUUGGGGUCUCUAAUACCAAAAAAUUCAAGUGUCCACAACAUGCAUGCUUCAUUUGCCGACAGAAAUUGCAGUGGCAAUGCGUGCGAUGUGAAAUAGCUUCUCAUGAUAAAUGUGCACCAUGGUCAGAUAAAGUGAUUCAUUUGAAAGACCAACCAGGUCGAGCAAUUUGUUGGAGACAUCCAGCUGAUUGGAAGCUUGAUCAGAAGGCUAGCUGACAGGACUGAUAUAUUUGUUGAAUGAGCAGCAUGCAGAAGCAACAUGUGAUAUAGAGGUCAAAUUUUUUUUUGCACACUUAUUGUACGGAUUUUUAAAAUUUUGUAGUAGAUGGUUCAAAAUAUAUGCAUUACUAUUUCAAGAGAAAUUAUGUCAUGUCUCCAUUGGUCGGCUGCAAAAAUAGCCCGCCAAACCCCCUGUUCUCCC